AUGCCCGAAGUUAUCGUUGCACUAGACGUUUGCCAGCAUGCGAUGCCAGCAUUCCGUACCCCGCACACUCUUAUCGAAUACCAUAACACAAAAGGAACAGAGGUAGCAGAGCGUCUCCAUCAUGCCACUAUCGCCGUGACUUCCGCGGUUCCUAUUACGGCUGAAACGAUUGCUCAGUGCCCUCAUCUCAAGCUCAUCUGUGUGUCAAUUGUCGGGGUUGAUCACAUCAAUGUUCAGGCAUGUCGGGCGCGCGGGAUCCGCGUCUGCAACACACCCGCAGCGACUACGGAAGCCGUUGCCGAACAUGCAAUUGCACUGUAUUUUGCCGCCAAGCGAAACAUUAUCCGGGCGCAUAAUUGGGUGAUUUCUGGGAAGGAGUGGGAGCUUGAGUCAACGGGGAUGACCGCAUAUGACCGAUUACCCACUCCCAUAAGCCAAGAUACUUUGGGCCUUAUCGGGUAUGGCAAGAUUGGGAAAAAGAUCGAAGUAUUCGCUCGAGCUUUGGGUAUGAAAGUCUUGAUUGCAGACAGACGGGGAAUACCCGAUGCGAGCAUCCGAGAUGGACGCGCUGCGUUUGAUACCGUGCUUCGGCAAUCGACCGUUCUCGUGUUGACUUGCCCGCUAGACGAGUCAACGGUCAAUAUGAUCUCCGAAAAGGAGCUGCAAUUGAUUCAGUCCAAUGGUGUUGUGAUCAACGUCGGCCGAGGGGGUCUCGUCGACGAAGAAGCUAUAGUUGCGGCUCUAAAGGCCAGAAAGAUAGCCGGCUAUGCAACGGAUGUAUUCCCGAUCGAGCCAGCCACUAAGGAGAACAGUUUGUUGCUUUCGAGCGACAUCCCUGGUUUGACCUUGUCACCGCAUCUGGCUUGGUAUAGCUCGGAGAGCAUUGAGCGACAGCAAGCCAGCAUUCAAGCGAUCGUGGAUGGAUUCGCAAGUGGGAAUUACGUUAAUGUGGUUUGCUAG